AUGGCGGACAGUUCUAAUUUUGUGAGCUCUACAAAAUUCCAUCAAAAUAUCCCGAAAAUAUGGAACGCUAAAGAAAUUUGUAAUCAUAUAACUUCUUCCAACUUAAGUUAUGAUAGUAAACGAAUUAAAUGGAUUGGAACUUUUGAUAUAUUGCAGAAAUUUGUCGAAUGCGAUCUUAAAUUGGAUGGCAAAUGGUCUUCGCCAGGCGGUUGUUCGAAAAAGUUUACGUGCUAUAAUCUAGAUAUAUCAAUAACUUGGUACCCCAAGAAACUAAAUACCCUCGUAUUUCACGGUGAGGAAAGCUCGGGUUUGGUUGACGCGUUAAUAAAUGUGUGUGCAGAGGCAAUCUCUGAAGACGACGGUUUAUCAAACAAUGUAUGUGUGUCGGCCAUACAUAGUUCGAUUGCAACUAUAAACCCAGCUGUUGAUGAACCCGAACAGAUGUCUAAUCACUGUAUUAAGGACUUUGAACAAACUGAUAAUCAUCAAAAGGUCAGUAUAGAGCAUGAUUUCAAACUUGGCUGUCAGUGUAGAAUUUUAGCUGCUGAUUUGGAGGGAGUUAAGCUCGAUAUAGCAAUCAUGUGCAGGGACAUAGAAACUAAGUUUCUUGCAGCUUACAAUUCACGGGAUAGUGAUAGUGAACAAAUAAGUGAACUUAAACACGAGCUUCUUAAGGAAAAGGAGAAAUGUAGUCAGUUGGAGGCUGAUAUAUCUAUUUUGGUUCGAGGAAGGAAUAGGGAGAUAAACGAAUUAAAAAAUACCAUUACCUGUCUCGAAAACAAACUUAAAUCAAGCGAUGUCAUAAAUAAAUCUCUAAGACAAUCGCUAAUGCAAAUUAAUUCAGAAAAAUUCAAUGGUGUAUUGAGUGCCGAACAAAGCCUGUCAAACCAACCUGAACAAAUUAAUACUUAUAACUGCAUCAUAGACACUGUGGUGUAUUGA